AUGAAAGAGCGUUGUUUGGCUGGUAACGUAGCUCUUGGCUUGAACGCAUUGGCUUUAGUGUUAGUGUUCAUUUCAUUUUUUUCGGCCAGUUGGAUAGUCAGCGAUGAACGAAUCACAGGUGCAAAAUUAGAAAGAUUUGGAUUGUGGACUCAUUGUUUUCGCUCACUACCUGACCCUAAUGACCCUGCAGAGCAAAGAUUUUUUGUUGGAUGCCACUGGGUGUUUGACCCUUUCACCAAGGGAUAUGAUGAAAUCAAAGGAUUUUUGUUACCACCUUUCAUAGUGGCAACUCAGAUUUUGUACACAAUUACAUUCCUAGGAACAUUGGCAUCUGCUGUUGGCUCAUCAAUGUUUUUUCUAUGUCGUACACCUGAAAAAAAAAGUUUUAAUCAAAUAACUCAAGCAUUGGGAGUUACAUUGGUUGUAUCUGGUGUAUGUGCCGCAAUGUCAGUGUUCAUAUUUGUUUUGUUUGCCAACCGCCCUGGUUGGAUGCCUGGCCACGACAACAACUUCUUUGGUUGGACAUUUGGUGUGGCUAUUGCAAGUUUCUUUGCUUUACUUGGAUCUGGAGCAUUUUAUUUGGUAGAAACAAAUACACAAUUGAAGAAAAUAAAAUAUUUGAAAGAAUCUCAAACUAAAUUUGACAUUGAGUUCACAAAAUAA